CUGAUCUUUCACAGUUUAUUUUAUCGAAUAACGUGUAUAAAAAAUAAAACAAUUGAUCGCUCUUUAAAAAUAUAGUAAGUUAUAAUUACAAUUAUAAAAUAUUGUAUUUAACUAUUAAGACGUGAAAACACAAACCAGUCACCCUUUUAUCACUUAUUUUUUGUAAUAAUGUCUGAUGAUGCGGAGCAACAGGCUGAAGAAAUUGAAGUUUUAAAAUCUAUUUAUGAAGGAGAUGAUAAUUUCAAGCAGUUAAAUGAUAAAACUUAUCAAUAUAAGUAUAAAGAUGGUGAGAAAUCCUUCAUUGUCGAGAUCUCCUGGGGCCCCACAUAUCCAACGGAAAAACCCAAAUUCAAUCUAGAAAUAUUCUAUAAUCAACACUUACUGCCAUCGGUAAAAGAGAACAUUUUAAACUUAUUAAAUGUGGAAGCUGAUCAGUGGAUUGGCUGUGCUAUGACAUACACAAUGUUUGAGUUCCUCAAGGAAAAAGUUCCGGAAAUAUUGGCCGAACAGACAGAUGAGGUUAUAACUGCUAGAGUUGAGAAGAUUGCUAUCAGCGAUCCAGAUCCAGCGGACACAAAGAAACCGGAAAAGAAAGAGCAGUUAAGCAAAGCACAAAAGCGAAGAGCGUGGGAUCGUGCAGAAAUGGGGCGUGGGGGGGAGAAACCGCGCGGGUGGGAUUGGGUCGAUAUCGUCAAACAUCUGUCACAAGCACCACAUGUACAACCCUCUUGACAAUAGAUGGGAUAAGGGGCAAGGGGCAAAUUGGGGCAAUUGAUGUACUAUAAAGAAUAAUUUGACUCGCAAUCGCCGUGCAAAGAUUGUCAAAGAGUGUUGUAUUAAAUGAUAAUUGAAAUUAAUACCUUAUUUCGUUGCAGUAAUGUUCAAAGUCUAUUGUAUCACUCGUUAAAAACUCUGCCUUAUAGAAAUGUAGAGUUUUGCUUUGGACAAAUUUUGAGCGUGAUGGUGAGUCUAGUUGUUUAUUGUAUGUCAAUUAGUUGACGACAUGAUGAAAGUUUUUUGUACAUUUUCGUGUUUAGAAGUAUGUAUUAUAGAAAUACCGUGCUGUAUGUUGUUUAGUCGUGUUUUUAAUAUAAUAAUUUUUAUUUUAUUGUUGGAAACACUGAACAUGCUCUGUAAAAAGUGUCCUGAAUCUUUUAUAAAAGUCGAAAAAAUUUUAUACAUGCGUCGGUAUAGGCGGAAGACUAUAGGUACUGGUACAUGAAUUCAUUUUGUUAUGAUUGAUUAAAAAAAAAGAGGGUGUGUACUUAUGUACACGCGUUAGAAGUUAUACUUCUUUGGCGUAUGGACAAA